AUGAAUGCAACGCAGGGCCCAAGUAUUCAAGACUUAUUUUUGAAGAUCAAUCGCUUUCAUGUUGCACUCGAACGUUCUCCUCUCGACUCCAGAACAAUGAAAGCGGCAGUAGAUGUUUGGCCCUCAAUUAAUUUACUCCUCGAAAACUCCAAGAUAUAUGAUGCAGGUGCCCACAUAUUACACUAUACCAUUAUGCUUUCACACUAUCGACUUUACACUUGGGUUUCGGAGUCCAUUGAACAUGUACUUGAUCAUCCCUCGUCACACUGGUGGUACCGUCUUAUCAAGACCGUCGGAGAGGUAGUGGAAAGUGGGAAUCGUGGCAUGUUUUACUUUAACUCAUCGGAUUUCCUACCUACGAUUGAACCCCCAAGAACUUAUUUGUGGAACUUCCAUGGAAGGCAACAUGAUCAGCGCAGCGCUAAUAGCCUUCUUAGUUCGCGCAUUAUCUUUCACUGGCUUGGCUUGCCAAUAGAAUCUGAUGACAAACACAAUGUGCAGUCGUUGUUCCUGAAGAGCCUCAUGGACUCUAGUGCUACUGCGAGCAUUUUAUUGCUUGACGAGGUCUGGGCUGCAUAUAGCACUCCUCGUAACCUCUGUAGCGCUCACUCAAAACGAGGGUAUCCUUCAAAAACUGCCAUGAAGAAACUUGGCCAAAUGUUUCUUGACCAUCCAAUUUUAGGCCGUCAUCGUUCUUUGGAGAUUCAACAGCUUAUUGAUUUGCUCCAAGCUGCUCAUCGCCGAAUCAUGGGUCUUCCGACCUCCCUUAAUUCCCCAUCUUCGGCAAUAUUUGCAGAAUCACCUUCCACUCCUCCUCUUCUUCCUCCACAUACAACUUCAAACGAUAACAUCUCAUAUCGGAUUUCUCCAAUCGCAUCCUUAACGUCUGUUCGAGAAAAUAAUCGCGUCAUUUUCUUUCGCGAUUGGCUCCUCGAAAUCGCCGAGGCUUAUAUGCAGUUUCCACCGCUAUCUAUGGACCAACUCAAGCUAGAGCAGCGUAGGAUCCUUGAAAAUUCAGAUUCAUCUUGUCCAUUCCGGGAGCUUGCAUCCUCUCGGAAGCAGGUCUCAGGUCCAAAUGGAUUAUUCGCACAUCACUCCCGCGAAGGCACGUUCAGCGCAUUACUCUUCCGCGGCGUACUCUUCAAUACAGAAGCUUUACAAGAAACUGGACAUACUGGGUUUUUUGAGUCCCUUGAAGCCUGGUCCCAGUUUAAAGCUCUUUAUGCAGAUCGAGGGGAAAAUUUUAUAUGCAACCCUUGUGCAUACGGUACAACCAGAGGACGGACUUCCUCUAACGAUGUAAACUUCUGGAUUGGAAGUGAGAUACUGGAGGAAAAGCUGCAAGAUCCGAAUGUCUCAUUUACUAGCAUCUGGCAAUUUAUUGUCCAUGCUAAGAAUGACAAGAAGAACAAACUCUUCCCUUCGUUUGGAGAUCUUUCAGCAUAUCUGCUUACGGUCGACCUUACUUAUGCUCAUCGCAUCCCUUGGCCAAGCUUGGAUGAAGUUGCGCAUGCCAUAUACGUUCUCGCUAAAGGUGCCCUGCAUGGACUGCAAAAAAUGGAUCUAGUCCCAACAGAUACUUAUAGCGAAAAUCAGGUCAAAGAGGGUUUUAAAGCUUUGUAUAGGUUUCUAGAUGAAGAUGCGAAGUUCCAAAAAGUCAAACAGACUGUUAUAUUUGAUCCAUUUAUGGUGGAACAUGCACUAUGCAAGAUCAGUAAAGAUCGAGUAUAUGAAAGAAGUAAGUUGUAG